AUGACACCGCCACGGGCGGAGCUAGACUGUGAGCCUAAAGCUCUUGUUAAUAUAGAAUAUAAAGUACCAGAGAAGUUGAUUGGCGGAAGUCUUGGUAAAGGUCAUAGUGACGUUAGGGAACUUAUGGCUCAAGCAUACCACAUGAGUAAGAAGGGAGACAAUCCACGGUUCAUCAGGAUAUCGGAGACUGCUUUGUUCGAGAUCUUACCCGUUAUCCGUUCUUGUUUCGAUGCGAAAAUUCGCGGAGCUUUCAACAACAAGAAUGCCAUAUGUUACGAUCCAGAAAAGACCGCAAAGCCGCGACGAUGGCACGAGUGGGAUAUAUAUAGCAUAGCACAUUUGUGCAAGUAUUUGGCACUCUACACCAAACUUCGUCUUACUCUAUUUAGCAAUAACGUCUAA